UCAUCAGCAUGCAUCACAUUAUUGCCUCGUGCAGUGACGUGACUUGCACGCGCAGUACGACAGGCAAUGCAGUGACUGUCAGGUGAAUAACGUUACUGCCAGAGCUCAUUAAACACUUUUAGCGAACGAGAGAGAAGAGAUGUCUCGAAGCAUAAGAAAGCUCACUGGGCUCGUGGCAGCAACAUUCACGCCACUCACUGCAGAAGGGGAGAUCAAUCUCUCUGUCAUUGGACCAUACAUUGAUUACCUAGUCGAGAACCAGAAUGUCAAGAGUGUGUUUAUUAAUGGCACAACAGGUGAGGGCUGUUCUCUAACUGUGGACGAAAGGAAGCAGCUUGCUGAAGCCUGGUGCCAACAUGGAAAGGACAAGCUUGAGCAAGUGAUUGUUCAUGUUGGCUGCAUGAGUAUAAAAGACUCUCAAGAACUGGCUCGGCAUGCUGCCAGUAUAGGGGCCGAUGGCAUAGCAGUAAUCUCUCCUUCCUUUUUCAAACCCGUUAAUGCAGAUGCAUUGAGGUUGUUUAUAAAGGAAGUGAGCACCUUUGCUCCAGAUCUUCCGAUGUAUUAUUAUCACAUUCCAAGCAUGACUGGUGUUGCAUUCGAUGCGGCUGAUGUGCUAAAUGGGAUAGAGCAGUUGGUCCCCUCAUUUCAGGGAGUGAAAUACAGUGGGACUGACCUGAGGGAUCUCGGGCAGUGUGUCCGUUACAGUCAGUCCCAUAACUGGUCCGUCCUGUUUGGAGUAGAUGAGCAGCUUUUGGGAGCUUUGGUACUAGGUGUUCAUGGAGCAGUUGGGAGCACAUAUAACUACCUCGGAUGCAUCGUGAACAAGAUGCUUGCUGCUUUUGAUAAUGGCAACCACGUGCAGACCAGAGCCCUGCAGUUUGGAUUUAUGGAGGUUAUCACAUUUGCUAAGAACCUUGGUUUUGAUGUGUCCGUGAAUAAGCAGCUGAUGAGUGAAGUGUCAGGGUUAGCACUGGGUCCCCCUCGACUUCCGCUGCUGCCCUGUCCCGUCUCGAAGGCCCAGGUUAUAGCACAGAAAAUCAAGGACUUCUCUCAGGGAAAUUUAAUAUAACCUACCUGGAACUCCAAAUAGAUAACUUUUGUUAGCGAGCUGUAAACUGUACCACUUUUUACUCUACAGUACACUAAUGUGCUUUUAUCUUAUUUCUUUCUUAUUUUACAUUUCAUACUUUAUACUUGCUUUUAUUAUUUGUAUUUAUUUUAUUGUUGUUAACACAUUUAAAGACGUUAGCAUUUUGUUUUCUGUAAUUAAUAAUUAAUUUUAUUGAAAUUUCAGUGGACCUACUUGAAUUACCCAGUAGAGUUAAAAAUAAUCCUCAGCAUUACUGAUUUAUUUACACCAGGAUAUACUGGAUCUUCUAUAUCUAAAUGCUUUAUGAGUUUUGCACGUUUUGUUUGUUUUUGUCUUAUGCUGACAUGUUAAAAAGCAUACAUAUAUGAAGUAAUUUCUGUGGUUCCAAUUGUUUAAUACUAUUAAUUACCCUCUUUGAGCUGAAAGUACAAAAGUACUUCUAUGUGACAAAUGUAAAAGUAAUUUUGGAUGUAAUCAUCUUUUCUGUGACCUACCAAUAUAACAAAAUAACUUUCUCUGAUUGUGAUAUUUCAGAUAUACUUUCAAACAGAUUAAGUUCCUUUCAUAUUCUUUUCAAAUGCAGAUGCUGAAAAUCAUAUGAACCACACUGUUUUGAUCUCUGAGUUUCUCAUGUUUGCAGAAUACUGCUCAAAAAAAAAGAAGGGGCACUUAGGUAUGUUGAAAUGGAAUGAAUACAAAUUAUUAUUCAUAGUUGAAUGCAAGAUAUUGCAUUGAGGUUCUUAUUCUAUAACGCUUUAUUUUGAUCGUCCACUUCAGAAAUUUCUACUAACAGUUAAUAACUUUGCAACUAUAUGUCAACUAGCAGUUAGUAGAGUAUUAGUAGACUGUCUGCUUUAUAUUUUAACACUUUCUUUGUCAGCUUAUUCAGCUAACCCUAAACCUACCCUUACAGUCUACUCUGAGAGUUAGUAGACAUGUAGUUGCAAAUAAUGAGAUUUAGUUGAUAAUGUAGUUAGAAAGUUACUUAUAGUUAGUAGUCUAAAGUGGACUAUCAAAAUAAUAUGUAAACUUUUAUUGUGCCUCCAUAAUAGCCUGGAAUCUAACCACUUUAUUUUGAAUUUUUUAUAUUUUAAUGGCUGUUUAGUCAGUAAUGAUUUAGAUUUUUUUUUUGUAUUACUUUAUUUUAUUUGGCCUUUUACAUAGUUUUAUUUAUUUGGGUUGUUAGAGAGCUCUAGAACAGGGAUGUCCAGUCCUGCUCCUGAAGGGUUACUGCCUUGCAGAGUUCAGCUUCGACCCUGACUAAACACACUUGAACCAGCUAACCAACAUCUUACUAGUUUUUUUUAAAACAUCCAGACAGGUUUACUGAGCCUCAACUCUGCAGGACCAGGUUUGGACACCCCUGGCAUAGAAGCUAUUGUUGAUUUCAUUUGACCUCACUCAUUGAAUGCUUACCCAUUUCUGCUUGAUGAAGAAAUUGUGAAGGGAUAGAAUGUAUCUCUCUCUCCAUCUGAUUAAUCCAGCUGUCACAAUGCUGUUAUGUCACUGGUGUUGCCCAGUAUUAUCUGACUUCCUGUUCAAGCCUGUGGUGGAGAUCUGGCAGAAUGAAGUGGAGCAAAUUUAACCUUUUAAGUGGAUGAAAUGUUCCUGCCUCCGUUAUCUUUUAGUUUAAUUUAAUGAUCUCACAUAAUGAUCUCAUUCCGGUUUUUAGAUCAUUCAAAACAACUGAAUAAAAUUAAGUCUGAUUUCUUUUUA